AGCGAUUUGUAGCCAUUUUGUGUGUUGUGGAACCAGCUGUCUUGUGUAUAUCAAAGUGACUUCCUUAUAUACGUUUAAAAAACGUGAUAUGUCAAAGACAGCGAUAAUUUAAUAAAGAAAAAAUGCGCAGUGUCAAUGGAAUUGCGUUAAUUGUCUUGAAAUAAUAAAGAUUUGAUUGAAACAAAUGUUAAAUAAGGAAUUAAAGAUCAUUGGCAUUUUGUAAAACACACAAAGACAUUUCCUUGUCUACUUUUUAUUGACCUUGGUCCGAUCGUCGUAUAUACGAUAUUCUAGUGUAAAAAUUAAUUAAAAAAAAGGCAAAAGGAUGAACGAGGAAAAUGAGCAAAGUGAAAAGAGUGAAAAUAUGGAUAAUACACCAACAUUUCACUCCCUUCCGAUAUAUAUUAAUUCCCAUAAGCCUUGUGUCAAUUUGUGGAUGGAGAAAAUGAAUAAAGGUUCAUUGACUUUAUCGAAUUUAAAAGAACAUUGGAGAGUUUGGGUACCCAACAUUUACAGUCCCGAGGCAAAUGAUGAUUGUCUCGAUUGGAAUUUCGAUGAGGAUACAGCGAAAAAAAUGUUAUUUAGUACACUCGAGGAAUUUAUAUGUAAUGGCGAGCCACAGGUUGUUUUAAAAUUAUUAAGCGAAUUGGAUAAUCCACCAUCGGUAUGUGGACGUGUUUUAAAAAUGGGUGAACCAACGUAUAAUUGUCGUGAAUGCGGUGUCGAUUCAACAUGUGUAUUAUGCCUCGAUUGUUUCAAACAAUCGGCACAUCGUAAUCAUAAGUAUAAAAUGGGAACAUCACCAGGUGGCGGUUGUUGCGAUUGUGGCGAUACUGAGGCGUGGAAAAAGGAACCAUACUGUAAAAUUCAUUUAGCUGGAAUACAAGCACGUGAAUCGGGAGCACGUAAAUUACCGCAGGAUGUUAUUGAUCGUGCUGUUUUUAUAUUCGAAGCGGUCCUAAAAUAUUGUUAUGAAUUAUUAUCAAUGGAACAUACACCAGGUCUACCAUCGGAUCUAUCGCUGAAUGACACUGAUGAGAAUCCCCUGGGUCUAUUAGCGACAGCCGAUACAUAUUGCACCGUUCUCUACAAUGACGAGAUACACACUUUUGAUCAGGUCAUCAGUACUCUUACUCGAGUGAUAAAAUGUACUCAACGUGAUGCCAUUGAAUUUGUCACUAAUAUUGAUCGUGAAGGUAGAACCGUUAUUAAAUGCUCCGGUUUUUUCCACUGUAGUGAAUUAAAAUCAGAAAUUGAACGUUUCAUGACAAGAAAUAAUAAUCGACCGUUAAAAGUUCUUGUUGUACAUGCACAUGUAAUAGCACAUCAAAUAUUUGCCAUGAAAUUAUUAAGAUGGUUACAGGGUUUUAUUAGUCUUUGCGAAGGUUUUCGAAUAUUGUUCAGUAAUAUUGCGUUGAAUACAAAAUUACCAGAGAUUACAAUUGUUGAAGGUAUUUUAAUGAGGGAUUCACAACUUUGGAAAUCGGCGAGAACGGCUUGGCAUAAAUUGUUUAUUACUGGAAUGUUGAUGGAAUAUGAGAGUAAAAAGGCGUUGGCAAUUGUUUUUACACAGAGAUAUGGUUCGGUGAUGAAAGAUUUUAUUCGUGAUGAUCAUGAUCAUUCGUUUUCGAUUGUUUCAUUUUCGGUACAACUCUAUACGACGCCAACAUUGGCGCAUCAUUUAAUAGCGCAUCAUGAUGUUUUGUUUAUUUUAUUCAAUACGUUCAUUUCGGAGAGUUCGAGGAAAUGUAAUGCAGCUGGUAAACUUGAAUUUGAGAGAAAUUCACCUAAUAUUCCCUUUAAGAGGGCGCAUUUUAUUCUUUAUGAUUUGAGAUAUUUGUUGAGUGUGAAACCGGAUACUUGGACUGAUGAAUUGCGAAGGGGAUUUUUACAGGGUGUUAAUUUGUUGUUGACACUUUUGUGUAGUAUGCAAUCGAUGGACGCGGUUGUUAGACAAGUUGGACAGCAUAUGGAAUAUGAACCGGAAUGGGAGUCGGCUUUUAAUCUUCAUAUUAAAUUGUUUCCGGUUGUUAGUCUCGCUUUGGAGUGGUGUGGAUCGGAUAAGACGGUUUUGAUAAAGGCUUUUCGAUUGGUUUUGAAGAAACUUUAUGAACAACCGGAUAAUGGACGUUCACAGGUGAGGGAAUUGGCUGAUCAUAGUACUUCUUGUAUUCAGUAUGAUGUCUCGUCGGAACCAGUGUCGAUACACUUGCCUCUUUCACGUUUUCUCGCUGGACUGUUUCUCUAUCUGGAGCAGUAUGAUCUUCAUUUUCAAAGUCCAGAAUUUGCGAUUCCAACGAAACCGACUCCGGAGCAAAUAAUUGAACCAGUAUUAAGAGCACAGGCGAUGAUAUCACAAGUACAUGCCGGUAUGUGGCGACGAAAUGGUUAUUCGCUCAUCAAUCAACUCUAUUUCUAUCAUAAUGUGAAAUGUCGAACGGAAAUGUUAGACAGGGAUAUUAUUUUACUUCAGGCUGGGGCGGCACUUAUUGAGAGUAAUGAAUUUUUGAUAUUGAUUCUAAAUAAAUUUAAUUUACUCAAUUGGGCGGAUCCUGAAUUUGAGAUAAAUACGUUGAGAAAUCCGGAGGAGGACAGUAUUAGGCAGACUAUUAAUUUAGUGGAGGAAUUUUUGGGAUUGUUGAAUACGAUUAUUGGGGAGAGACACGUGCCUGGUGUUGGGGAAGUAACCGAGGACGAUCGUUUGAGGAAGGAAAUAAUUCAGCAACUUUGUAUUAAACCCCUAUCGCAUUCGGAACUCAAUAAAACAUUGCCAGAUGAUGUGCAUCAUGAAACGGGAAUGGAGAGAGUGAUUGACGAUGUGGCGAAUUUCAAGAAAUCGAUUAAAUUAUCCGGGGGUAAGGGAUUGUAUAAACUAAAACCUGAUCUUUACUCCGAGUACAAUGUGUUCUUUUAUCAUUACACCAAGGAGGAACUUAGUAAAUCGGAGGAGGAGCAGAGAAAACGUCGUAAAGCUGCAGGAGAGCUGGAAUGUUGUCCUCCGCCAAGAUUGCCGAAAUUAACCGAAUCGUUUAGUUUAGUGGCGAAUUUAUUAAAAUGUGAUGUGAUGUUUCAUAUAAUGGAGACAGUAUUGUCGAGAGCUUUGAAUUUACGAGCGAGAAGUUAUUCUGAACCACAGGUGCACAAGAUACUUCAUCUGAUUGGUUACGCAUUGCAGGAGCAGGAGUCCGGUAAUUAUGCAUUUUUGAAUUUCACCAGUCGUGCCACCAAGUGGAAUAUUUUGAAAUAUUUGGAAGAAUUGUCGAGUAGUCCACGUAUUGAUUCACAUGCCGAUUUACUCACUUGGGUUCUGGGUAAAUAUCGAGAAGUUGCGGGUGUUUCGGAGAAGGAACCAGUGGCGACGACAUCGACAUCAACACAGCAGACGGAGGAACCUGAGAAGAAUGGUAAAGAAUGGAGAACGAAAAUGGCAGCGCAGAAACGGGCGAAAAUAAUGGCACAAAUGGCAGCUAUGCAGAAUCAUUUUUUGAAGAAGAAUGCGAAAUUAUUUGAGGAAACGACACUUGAUAUUGAUAAUAGUGAGAUUAAGGGAUCGCCAAUGGAUCUGGUGGAGUGUACACAGGACGCGAUUGUUGCAUUGGGACCUAAUCAGACAAAUCGAUUGUGUGACAAGAAGACGGAUACGUGUAUUCUCUGUCAGGAGGAUCAGACAGUGACGGCAACGGGUUCGGGGCUACAGGUCAUGGUUCUAGCUGCUUUCGUUCAACAAUCGACUGUUUUGUGUCAAAAUCGGGAUAAUGCUGUGGAACCUGAUCCCCUUUAUUUGUCAGCGAAUCUUGGAGCUUCGCCUCAUACUCGUACGUGUGGUCACGUAAUGCACGCACUCUGCUGGCAGAAGUAUUUCGAAAUUGUCUUCAACAAGGAGAAUAGACGUCCGUAUCGUUUGAGACAGCCCUCGAGUUUCGACGUCGAUCAGCUGGAGUACCUCUGUCCACUUUGCGAAUGCCUCAGUAAUACUAUAUUGCCAUUGAUGCCAGCUCUCGGUCAUCUACAACCAUCCAUUCAGCAACCGAAUCUAACUUUUGAAAAUUGGUUGAACGCUUUGAAAAUAACACUCACUUGUAAGGGUCAAAAGAAUUCUUCUGUGGAAAAUGUGCACGAUCCAACGUGUCGUUAUUGUUCGGUAGCAAUGAAACAGGGAUCAUUGGCAGAAGCCUCAUCAUCAGAGGGUGAAACAUUCUCGUGUCCGGUGCAGAAGGUAAUCGAUCAACUUGGCGACGAUGGAGUGGCAUUUCAGUCGCUUUAUUCGAAACCCGGACCAAGUUUGUCGGAACAUUUGAUGUCGAUGAUUCAUACAUUUGCCGAAGCGACCUACACGAAGGGAUUGAAUGUCCGUGAGGAUGAUAAGGAUCCAAGAGUGCCGCUUCUCGCUUGGAAAUCGACGGCGUACACUAUUCAUGCGAUUGAAUGUCUUUUGAGAGAAAUUGAUAAACCUUUACUUGGUGCUUUAUCGUCUAGACAGAGGGACAGUUUGGAGGGUUUGGCGAGAAUAUCGGCAGUAAUGGGUUCGACACGCACCGAUUUUCCCACAAAAUCCGAGAGUUCAAGUAAUGAUAUGACUAUUGCUAAUCAUGCUCUGGCUUAUUUAUCGAUUCUUCUGGACAGUACGCAGGACGGUGUUUCGAUUUAUGAUUGGGAUCCUUUUGGUCUUUUGGUUGGACUUGUUAAUUCACUGCCAAGUUUGUUCAACACUAGAAUAAAUGAGAAUCCAACAAUUCUAACGGGAGGAAUAGCGGAACUUUAUGCAUUGAAACUCGUCUUUAUUGCAUUGAUUGUGAAAAUUUUACUAACGACGAAAUUCGAAGAGAGUGAAGUGAUGGAUGUUGAUGGACAAUUGUCGGAUGAUGAUUGUAAGUCGAUAUUGAAAAUGGCUGAAAAUAUGCAGAUAAAGGUUGGUAGUCAAUCGGCAGCUGAAUUAUGGAGGCGAGUGAAAAUCGCCUGUUUACCAUUCUUGAGAUGUUGCGCAUUAUAUUUUCAUUAUGUGACUGAUGUACCGGCUUUGAUUGAAUUAACAUGCGAGGGUGGCGAUACUUAUGAGAAUAUUUGUAAAUAUCUUGGACUUCCGACAACUUGUGACAAAUUAUUAGAUUCGGAUGUUGUUAUGCAAUUGUCGAAAGUAUGGUCCGAUCGUCCUGACGUUAAGGACGAGAGGAUUAAGGAUGUUGCCAUUAAAGAACCAUUGAGAGUUAAUAAAUUGGUCGAUCUGCCGGAUGAUUAUAGUGAGCUGAUCAAUAUGGUAUCAUUGUUCGCAUGUCCAAAUAGUGAUCGUGAAGAUUCGCGAAAUCCAACAAUGUGUUUAGUUUGUGGGGCAAUGUUAUGCUCGCAGAGUUAUUGUUGUCAGACUGAAUUAAAUAAAAUGAUGGUCGGUGCUUGUUCAUAUCACGCAAGUAAAUGUGGAUCUGGUGUUAGCGUAUUUUUACGUGUACGCGAAUGUGAAAUUCUCUAUAUGAGAAGUCCCAAUCGAGGAUAUUUUGCAUGUCCACCUUAUGUUGAUGAAUAUGGAGAAACUGAUCAAGGUUUACGGAGAGGGAAUCCAAUGAGACUUUGUCGAGAUAAAUAUAAACAAUUAAAUCAACUUUGGUUAGAUCAUGGACUUCAUGAAGCCAUUGCAAGAGCCAUUGAAUCUUCCAGUAAUCUCAUGUCAACACAAUGGCAUCAUCUAUAACUGUUUUAGUGAUCAUUACAAAUUUUAGCCUGGACGUUUUAACCAAAAAAUAAUAUUUAAAAAAUGGAAGAGAAAAAUUUAUGAUUAGUCGCUUGAUGUUACCUCUAUGACUUGGAAAAAAAGGCGCAGGAGGGAACUGAAAAGUGAAUAAAUCUGAUUGUUAUUUCUUUUUUUUGGUUAGUUUUUUGUCUUGUAACUCUUUUUUUUUCUUCGAAAAAAGGAAAACGUCGAUUACAGAAUUACUACCAGUGAUUAUAAAAACAUUUGGAUUCGCUUUGCGUCCACUUUGUGAUGUAAAUUCAUAUUAUCGUUACAAAGUUUCAAAUUCUUUCAAGAGUUUACUCAACUUUUUAUUGUGUGAAUUUUUAGAUAUAAAUCCAUUUACAAUUUACUAAUCAAAAAGAAAAAAAGGAAAAAAAAAGUUUCGUGAUUCGCAAACAGAGGCAUAGCUAACGAGAACUUCGGGUAUCAUUUAUGGCAAUAAUAUUAUUAGCUGAAAAUCAAAAUUUAUAGUUUAAGUAUUAAUAGAAUUGUAUGAUAUUAUUUUAUUAAUUCUUUGAAUUAAUUGAAAUUUGUAGGAAAAUGUAUAAAUUGAUUUUUUUUCUUGAUAAAUCCCAAGUGAUAGUUUGUUACGCCACUGUGUUUUUUCUUAUUAAACAAAAAAAAAAGAAUAUUAAUGCUUCGUUUUUCCCUUAGACAACUAAAAUACACCCGUCCACAAAGGAUUAUGUUAUGUAUUCUUCGUUACGAUUUUGAAAAGAAAAAAAAUAUUUGACUUUCUUGUUAUGCUCGGCAGAGUAUUUGAGUUGUUUCGCAAUUAAAUUUUACUUGAUUUCGAAUCCCAGAAGUAAAAUAUUAUAGGAGUUUUAGACAUUUUUUUUUUUUUUUUUGAUCAAAUUCAUUUUUAAUGUCUUUCAACACGAUUUUUUUUUUUUUUUUUUGAUAAAUUUUUUUCUUUAAAGAGAAGUUUCACUAUAAUUAUUGUCGUGUAAACGAAAAUGAAUUAUUGUAUUACAAGGAAGAUUCGAUGUGUAAAAUUUUUUAUAAAACAUAAUUGAUUCUUUUUAAAUAUAGGAAAAAUUCUCUGUAAAUAUUAGUCAGUAUUUAUAAGAACCACAAAUUUCUUAGAGAACUUCAAUGUUAAAACUUAUUUAAUAAUAAAACGAAAAUAGAAAAAAUAUGUUUAACUCACAUGCGAUAUAUAUAUUGUCAUUAAAAUGUUUAUUGAAA